AUGAAUAACUUAGCAUCGACAACAACUGCUGAGAGUGGUCAAGCAGCAACUACUACGAAUAGUACUGCUGUGCUACCUACAGAUUUUAAUCGAGUUCUGCAAAAUUUUCUUCUGAUAUGGCUUGAUGCUAAUUUUAAUGAAUCUCGAGAAUAUUUGCAGAAAUCAAUACAAUGUCUUCGACGUGUUAUAGCAUCAAUCAGGACGUUUACAGAUGCUGAACUAUGUGUCAAUUUUCUCCGUGAAGUUAAAGAAGAAAAAACAUUUAUGAUUGUAUCAGAGUCGUUGGGACGGCGUAUAAUACCAGAUAUUCAAGCAUGGUCACAAUUGGAUUCCGUAUAUGUGUUGUGUGAUGAUAAAUCAGUUCAUGAACAAUGGGUUAAAACAAUAUCUAAGAUAAAAGGUGUUUACACAAAUAUCGAAGACAUUUGUAAAGUAUUACAAUCCGAUUGUGCAAAUUGUGAUCGAGCAAUGAUCCCGCUGAGCUUUAAGGACAUCGAUCCUUUAUUUAUGUAUACACAGUUAUUGAAAGAAAUUUUGUUGGAAAUGAAAGAGGACGAUGCAAAGUCGUUUAAAGAAUUAAUUGAGUUUUGCGGUCGCCAAAAAGAUAUUGAUAAAGCACAGAUUGAUGAAUUCGCGCAGAAAUAUAGUAGUCAUCCACCCAUUUGGUGGUAUACAUAUGACAGUUUUAUUUAUGGCAUGCUCAAUCGUGGUCUUCGGCGAAUGGAAGUCGACAUUAUGCUCAAAAUGGCUUUUUUUAUUCGAGCAUUACAUAAAGAUAUUGAAACUUUACAUCUUCAACAGCAAUCCAACAACACAGCACGUACCACAAUAUUUCAUGUUUUCCGGGGUCAGGACUUUUGGCCAUUUUCAUCGAACUUUGCUAUAGGUUAUCGAUGGCCCUGA